CUUUCUGCUUUCCCGAAUCCAGCAGAGGACCAGAUCCAGCAAGAAGAGAGGAGGUGGAAGAAGGCACUUGAAGAGGACUGAACAUUUGCACUGGUGCUGUGAACUGCUUUGGUGGUGAAAGGAACUUGCUGAGCCAGAAAGAUGCGUGAGUAUACGGAAAAGAAGGAGACAUGUGGGACCAUCUGUCUCAAGUACCUGCUCUUUAUCUUCAACUUCUUUUUCUGGCUGGCUGGCGGGGCUGUGAUGGCAGUGGGCACCUGGACCCUGGCUGAGAAGAGUGACUACAUCAGCCUGCUCUCCUCCAGCACGUAUUCAGCCACUGCUUAUAUUCUGGUGGUGGCUGGGGUAGUUGUCAUGGUUACCGGCAUCCUUGGUUGCUGUGCCACCUUCAAAGAACGUCGGAAUUUGCUAAGAGUGUACUUCAUAUUGUUGCUGUGCAUCUUUCUCUUGGAGAUCAUUGCUGGAAUCCUGGCCUAUAUCUACUACCAGCAGCUGAGCAUGGAGCUGAAGCAGAAUCUGAAGAACACCAUGACCCAGAAGUACCAGCAGGAAGGAGAAGAGAGUGUUACCAGCGCAGUAGACAAACUGCAGCAGGAGUUCAAGUGCUGCGGGAGCAACAACUACACAGACUGGGCUGACAGCCAGUGGAUCAAAUCUCCAGAGGCCAAUGGACGGAAAGUCCCAGACAGCUGCUGUAAGACGAUAACUGACCUCUGUGGCCGAAGAGACCACCCUUCCAACAUCUACAAGGAGAGUGGUUGCAUUACCAAGCUGGAAAACUUCAUUCAAGAGCAUCUGAAAAUUAUCGGGGCAGUGGGGAUCAGCGUUGCUUGCGUGCAGAUCUUUGGGAUGAUUUUCACCUGCUGCUUGUACAAGAGUUUAAAGCCCGAACCAUAUUAAUAGCUGUGGGAACUCUGUCGCUCCCCCUCUGCCACUUCCCUUAGCGCCUGCCAACCUGACCACUCUCCACCACCACCGCAGAAGUGUCUGUAACCCGAGGACUUGGCUCUGUUAAAUACAAUUAAUUAAUGCCUCUUGAACCAUGCACCGCCUUACCUGCUCCAUUGGGGGAAAGUCACCCUCGUUGUGUACAAGGCAGCCAGGAGUUCAGCAAGUCCUCUUCAUUGUCGAGAAACAAAAGAGCUGUGGAUCUUCUGCUGGAAGCUUUAGCGAAACAGUCCUUUGAUAUAAUUACAAAGCAAGAUUUAUCCAGGGCCAUUUCUCUUGAGCC